AUGAUAAAUAUUUUACCAUAUGUAGUAGUUUUAUUUAGAUUCUCAGUUUUAAUUACUUGUAUUAAUUUAAAAGAAAAAUAUAAUUUGAUUUUAGGAAAAUUGAAUAAUUUAUUUUUUUUUUAUUUUGUUUCUUUUCUAUUAUAUAUUAUCUCAUCUUGCCGAAACCCUGGAUAUGUAACCACUUGUCCUCUAACAUAUAUAAAAGCAAAUAACCAAGAACUAAAUUACAUCAGAGAAAAAAAUAAGAAUAAUAUAAAAAAAAAGAUAAAUAAAACAAAAAAUAAUAAAUCAUCUAAUUGUUCUGUUAGUAGCUAUGAGUCAUCUCUUAAUUCUCUUUCUACUUCUAGUACAUAUGAAGAAAAUCAGUAUGAUGAAUUAGACAGUUUAACAAUUAUUCAUCACGAAAAUGAAAACACAAUCAUAACUGAAAAAGGCAUAAAAAAAAAUUUAAAACAAUGGAAACAAUUAGUUGACAAAAAUAAAAUUAUUAUAUUCAAAGAAAACGAAAAAUAUUCAAAUGAAAUGGUUAAAAAUCGUAAAAAUAAAAAAAAAUAUAUUAAUUAUUUAGAUGAAAAAGACCAUUAUAAGAGAAAAAAGAGAGAAUAUGUGAAUAGCAAUAGACCUAAUAAUAUAGAGGAAUAUAUUAAUAUCUAUGGAAAACUUCAAUUUUAUUCUAAAAUACGAAAAUACAAUUUUAUUUUACAAAAAAUGCAUAAAGAAAUGAGAAAUAAAACUUAUAGAUUACGAAAAAUGAUAAAAAAAUAUAGAAAUAAACAUAAACCUAUAUCUUUAAUAGAAAUUAAUAAGAUAAGCUGCUUAUUAGGAAAUGCAAAAAAUACUAGACCAAAAGAGAAGAAAAAAAAAAUCCAAAGUAGUAUUAUGUUACAUAAAAUAAAUAAAAAUGAUAUUAUAUUUUCAAAAGAUAUUAAAACAAAUAAUAAAACUAUUUUUUAUUUAUAUAAUUAUAAAUACUAUCAAUAUAAUACGCAGUUGCAAUAUUGUAUUAUCUGUAAUAUUUUUCAACCUUUAAGAACUAAACAUUGUAAAAUAUGCAAAAGAUGUGUCAGAACAUUCGAUCAUCAUUGCCCUUGGAUAAAUAAUUGUGUAGCUGAAAAUAAUAGAUGUUUUUUUUUAUUAUAUUUAUAUUUUGAAGAUAUUACAAUUUGUUUAUCUUUAAAAUAUAUUUCUUUAGCAAUGUAUCAUUUAUUUUUUUACGAAAAUGGAUUUUUUUAUUGUUGGCUAAUAAUACUAUUUUUUAUCUUAGUGUUUUUUUUUUUAAUGAUUUUUUGCUUAAUUAUAUAUCAUAGUUACUUAUGUUUGAUAAACGAAACAACUUGGGAAAAUGUCUCAAAAAAGAAAAUUUCAUAUUUAAAAAAUAUAUCAAAAAAACAUAAUAAUCCUUUUUUCUUAAGUUACAAAAAAAAUGUCAUAAUAUAUUUUUGUUAUUUUCCUUUACCGAAGAUUUCACAAAAAAUGCGAAACUUUUUAUUUCCUUUUUUAUUAAAAAAAAAUAUUAUAACUUUUGGUAAAGAGGGAGAAAUUAUUUGGAAAAAAAAUACAAAAUCAUCUUAUAGAAGCUCUCAUUUUUUCUAUAGAAUUGUUGAGCUUAAUAUAUUUUUCUUGUUUUCUGUUCUACUCUUCUUUUUUUUUAAAUUGAAAACAUUUAAAUGGGAAAGAAUAUAA